AUGGCGCUGGAGAAUUAUGACCAGCCUGUUGUACUAAGAGAUGAAAAUAAAAGGAGAAGAAGAAAAAUGAGACCCCACUCAGCUGCAACAUCCAACGUGUUCUCCAUGGAGCUUAUACCAAUAGAAUUCAUUCUGCCCACUAGCCUUAAGAAUAGCAAGGCUCCAGACAUAAUUCUCCUGGAAGUUGCUGGAAAUUGCACAGUCGAGCAGAUGAAAGCACAAGUGUGGAUGAAUGCAAUAGAGAAAAGUCACAAUAGUGAUUUCUACCACAGACUUGGUCCAGACCAGUUCCUCUUGCAAUAUCAGAAAAAAGGUCAGUGGUAUGAAAUAUAUGACAAACAUCAGGUGAUUCAAACAUUAGACUGCAUAAUGUACUGGAAGGUUUUACAAAAAACUGUAGGAAAGAUUUAUAUCAUCCAAAAACAAAAAUCCUCUGAAGAAACAGUGGAAUACCAGAAAAAGUUAAAUUAUCUAAUUGGAUAUGAUGUGACAGAUGUCAGUAAUGUACAUGAUGAUGAACUAGAAUUCACCCGGCGUAGAUUGGUCACUCCACGUAUGAUUGAGCUCGUUAAAAGAGAUGCCAGGCUAUAUUCUAUGGACCCGUGGGUAACGUCAAAGGCACUUCCAGAACAUUUAUCUAAAAAACUUACUUUUCCAAUAAUAUUUUCAUAAUUAUACACAAGGGCAUGACAAGCCAUACAAUCAGGGGGUCCAUUGAUGACACACCAGAUGAAGUACUUCAGUCCUUCUUUACAAAAAUGGCUAAGAAGAAAUCAUUACUGGAUAUUUCAGAGGAACACAGUGAGCAAGAUUUUGUCCUAAGAGUUUGUGGGAGAGAUGAGUACAUCAUUGGACACUCACCACUUAAAGAUUUUCUUUACAUAAGGCAAUGUAUUAAAAAUGGGGAUGAGAUCCAUUUUGUUCUUGACCUCCCUCCUGAUCCAUCCGAAGACAUGGUGCAGAAAGAAGAGUGGCCUUUGGUUGAUGACUGCACUGGAGUAACAGGUUAUCAUGAACAGCUUACUAUUGAGGGAAAAGACCACGAGAAGAUAUUUACAAUAUCUCUUUGGGAUUGCAAUAGAAAGUUCAGAGUAAAAAUUAUUGGAUUUGAUAUCCCAGUUUUGCCAAGAAAUACUGAACUCAUUGUGUUUGUUGAAGCCAACAUUCAGCAUGGACAGCAGGUGCUUUCCCAAAGGAGGACUUCUUGUAAGCCAUUUACAGAAGAGGUCCUGUGGAACACAUGGCUGGAAUUUGAUAUAAAAAUCAAAGAUUUGCCUAAAGGAGCCCUUCUGAAAUCUACAAAUAUUUUCCUGUAAGACUCAGGCUGUCUCAAACAAAGGCACUCUCCAUGCAGCAGAUACUACUAGCUCAGACCCAAAAUGUAAAAACCAGCUUCUUUACUAUGUAAACCUGUUGUUAAUUGAUCACAGAUUCUUGUUAAGACAGGGGGAAUUUGUGCUUCACAUGUGGAAAAUACCUGGUAAAGGGGAAGAACAAGGAAGUAUUAAUGCAGAUAAACUGACAUCUGCCACUAACCCUGAUAAAGAUACUUCAAUGGCCAUUUCUCUAAGUCUAGACAAAUACUGCCAUCCGGUAGCCCUUCCCAAACACAAGUCAGUGUCUGAUCCUGAACUUGACAGGGCAAGGUCCGAAAUGCCCAACCAGCUACGGAAGCAGCUUGAAGAAAUUAUAUCUACAGAUCCCCUGCAUCCCUUGACACCAGAAGACCAAGAGCUCAUGUGGCAUUUUAGGUAUGAAGUUAUGAAGCACCCAGAGGCCUACCCUAAACUGCUAAAUUCAGUAAAGUGGGGUGACCAGGAGAUGGUGGCCAAAACAUAUCAACUAUUAAAUAAAAGAGAAGCAUGGGAUGACUGCUCUCUGGAUGUUGGUCUAACAAUUCAGCUACUUGAUUGCAACUUUUCUGAUGAAAAUGUACGAGCCAUGGCAGUUCAGAAACUGGAGUGUUUACAGAAUGAUGAUGUCCUUCAUUAUCUGCUACAGCUGGUACAGGCUGUUAAGUUUGAGCCAUACCAUGACAGUGCUCUAUCAAGGUUCCUGUUGAAGCGUGCAUUGAGAAGCAAGAGAAUUGGUCACUUCUUGUUCUGGUUUCUGAGAAGUGAGAUUGCGCAGUCAAAGCAUUAUCAGCAGAGGUUUUCUGUCAUCCUGGAAGCUUACCUAAGAGGUUGUGGAACUGCCAUGCUAAAUGACUUCAUUAAACAGGUUCAAAUUACUGAAGUCUUACAUAAAGUCACCAUGGAGAUCAAAAGUGUUUCUGCUGAGAAGUACGAUGUCACCUCGCAAGUUAUCUCACAACUACGUCAAAAGCUUGAAAAACUCCAAGGAUCUCUACUUCCAGAAAGCUUUAGAGUACCCUAUGACCCUGGACUGCGAGCUGGUGGAUUGGUUGUGGAAAAGUGCAAGGUAAUGGCCUCAAAAAAGAAACCCUUAUGGCUGGAAUUUAAAUGUGCAGACCCAACUGCUUUGUCAAAUGAAACCAUUGGAAUUAUAUUUAAACAUGGAGAUGACCUCCGGCAAGACAUGCUCAUUCUUCAGAUACUUCGCAUUAUGGAAUCAAUUUGGGAAGCAGAGUCGUUGGACCUUUGCUUGUUACCCUAUGGCUGCAUUUCUACAGGAAACAAAAUUGGGAUGAUUCAAAUUGUGAAGGAUGCCACGACCAUUGCCCAAAUACAGCAGAGCAUAGUGGGCAACACGGGUGCAUUUAAAGAUGAGGUUCUGAGUCAGUGGUUAAAAGAGAAAUGUCCAAUUGAAGAGAAGCUGAAUGCAGCGGUGGAGAGAUUUGUGUACUCCUGUGCUGGUUACUGCGUUGCGACGUAUGUACUUGGAAUUGGGGACAGACAUAAUGAUAAUAUAAUGGUCACUGAAACCGGCAAUCUAUUUCACAUUGACUUUGGACACAUUCUUGGCAACUACAAAAGCUUCCUAGGCAUUAACAAGGAACGGGUACCUUUCGUGUUGACUCCUGAUUUUCUUCAUGUGAUGGGCAACUCGGGGAAGAAGUCAAGCUUGUACUUUCAUAAAUUUCAGGACGUUUGUGUGAAAGCUUACUUGGCCCUGCGACAUCACACCAACCUUAUGAUCAUCCUUUUCUCCAUGAUGUUGAUGACAGGCAUGCCUCAAUUAACAAGCAAAGAGGACAUUGAGUAUAUUCGGGAUUCCCUGACUGUUGGGAAGAGUGACGACAGUGCUAAAAAGCAUUUUCUUGAUCAGAUUGAGGUCUGUCGGGAUAAGGGCUGGACUGUGCAGUUCAAUUGGUUCCUGCACCUUGUAUUGGGUAUUAAACAAGGGGUGGAAAAGCAUUCUGCCUAA